AUGGGAGAAGGAUAUUCAAAAAAUACAUUGAAAUAUGGAAAUUUGAGUGAGAAAGAUGUAGAAAAUAUAAGAAAGAAAUUUAAUUUAAAUAAAAAAGAAAUAAAUGAAAAAGUCAGUACUCUAGAUUUUAUCUAUGUAUAUCCUCACAUAUUAAGACCAUAUAUUGCUUUAGUUCUACCUUCCUUUCAUGAAGUGCUUAGAAAAAAAGGUAAAAAAAAUAAAGAAAAGUUAAAUAAUUAUGGAUUUAAUUAUGCUAUUAAUAUUUUAUUUAAUAAAAACAGUAAAAAACUAAGUAAUGAAAUAUCUUUACAAGAAAUAAUUAAUAUAUUAUCCUAUAUAAAUAAUAGGAAAAGCAGAGUUAUUAUAAGAAUUUUAUUUAUGAGUUUUUUAAGAUAUAGUAUAUCGAACAAUAAUGAAUCUGAUAAAGUAAGAAUUAUUAAUGAAAAUGCAAGUGAUAAUAAUAAGGACAUUGAUAAAUUAAACAUUAAUAAUUUAAACAUUAAUAAAUUACCAAUUGAAAAUGAUAAGAAAGAAGAUGAUCUAAAUAUGAUAGAGAAAGAAGAUUCUUCUUAUAACAAUGAGCCAAAUAUAUACAAUAAUGAAAAUGAUAAAGAGGAAUUAAGCAGAUUAAAUAAUUCCCUUAAAUUUGUUCUUUCAGAUUCUAAUGUAAACAUAAUAAAUAAAAACAGUAAAAGAGAAAGAAAUUACAAAUUUAUAAAUGAUAAUAUUUUUUUUUUGGAUAAAAAUAAAAUAAAAUAUCAUUAUCCUAAAAAUUACAAUGUGAAGGAUUUAAUAUCUGUAGAAGAAGCAUUACAUCAUCUUUUUACAUAUAUGUAUAUUGAACAGUUAUAUUUAUUGUGUCCAUGUAAUUUAUUAUUUAAAAUAACAAAUAAAAACCAAAUAUCAGAAAAAAAAAUAUUUUUAAAUAAAUCAAAGUCAAAUUUAAAUGAAGAUUUUAUAAUAAAUAGAAAAAAUAGUUGGGACUUAACCUUUUUUUUUAAGGAACUCUUUUUUUCUUUAGAAACUAAUUUAGAUUUCCGAAAUAUAAUUAUUGGUUUUAGAUUGUAUGUUAAUUCUAUAGAUAGUAGUAAACAUUCUAUAUAUUACACAAUGAUAGAAUACAUUAAUUCAAAUUUUGUAAAUUUAAGUAACAUUUAUGCAGAUGCAACUUUUAAGCAUUUUACAGAUAAUGAAAAUAUAAUAACUAACGAAAAGAAAAAGGAAGAAAAUGCAGAAGAAAAUAAUAUAACAAAUUUUAAUGAUAUAUGCAUAAAUAGUAUUGAACUGAUACAUUCUAUUUAUACAAACAUGAAAAAAAAUGAAAUAAAAAAUCAAGAAAGCAAAGAAAGUUUAUCAAAAGAGGAUACAUAUAAAAAAUCCUCUUCUAUAUUAGAAAUUCAAAAUGAAACUAACGGAUGGAGAGGAUUAUUUUUAAAUAAAACUAGCAAAAUACUAACUGAUGAAAUUGUUUUUAGUUUGAGACAAUGUUCUACCUGUUUUACAAAUAAUGAAUGGUAUAGAUUAUAUGCUUCAUGGAAACAAGGAAUAAGUUUUAAUAGAUUUAUUAACUCUGUUUUUCAUUAUCCAUCUCCUAUUGUAAUUGUAAUUAAGACAGAUGAUAAUCAAAUAUUAGGUGGAGUAUGUACUACUCCUCUAAAAGAUUCUCAUUUGUUUCAUGGUUCUUCAAAUGAUUUUUUAUUUUCUGCUUAUCCAGUUUUUAGAAUUAUUAGAACAAAUCAUUUAGGUAAUAAUUAUGUUUACUUAAAUAGUAAAAAUUCUUUCUAUCCUAAAGGUUUAGGAUUUGGAGGAAAAACUGAAUGUUUUAGAUUAUUUUUGAGUGAUGAAUUUAAAGAAUCUUACUGUACACAGAGUGAUUACACAUAUAAAAGUGGACAUUUAUAUUUUCCUCAUCACAAAAAAGAAAAAGAUAGUAAUAAUAUUGAUGAUGAUGACGAUGAUGAUGUAGACUCAUUUUUAUGUAAAUUAUCUAUUAAUGAAGUAGAAGCUUGGGGGUGUGGUAAUGAAAAAUCUUUAGAAGAGCAACGACUAUCUUUUGAAAGUGAAGAAGCUUGUAAGCAAGAAAGGAGAUCAAUUGAUAAAUCUAAAAUUGUUCAGAAUAGUUUUGAUAAAGAAUUUUUACUACCAAAAGUUUUUGUUGGGGGAAAUUAUGAUGAAUUUGCACAUGAUUCAUAA